CCUUUUUGUUGUAAACAAUUAGUUGUGGAGCCCACAUGUUCCUUAGGUUUUUUCUAUAAAAGGGUUCAUCCCUUCAUUGUAAUACACACAUCUAAGAGAAUGAGAAAUCAGAAUGAAGAGCAAAACAUUCUCUUCAUUCCCUCUCCAUUUCCCUCUCUAUUUUCUCUCUUGAUUUAUAACACGUUAUCAGCACGAAUUCGCUUUCAAAAAUACCAGCUGAAUUCUCUGUUGAAACCCAGAUAUCUUCUUCCAUCCAUCUCUGCUGCUCCACUGUUUCAAAAUAACCCUUCUGAAACAGAACAAAUGAGAAAAGAAUGGAGGUCAUGGAGGACACACUGCACCUGCAAUUGCAUAAGCUAUCAGCCCUAAAAUCAGAGGAAGCACUUGACCAAUUGCUUUGCACUCUCUGGAAAACCAGGAAAACCGGUCUCCACUCCCCCCACCAAAAGUCCCACUUCCAAUCUCUCCUCAAUCUGCCUUCUCUUUCACAACUCCAUCCAGUUUUGGCAUGCCUUCGAUCGCUUAUCAGAAAAUGGGUACAUGAAAACUUCACUGGUGAUGACCUUUUGAAGCUCUUCCCUCCCGAUUUACCGCUCGAUUUGCAGAGCAAUUUGGUGGUGUUGUUCCACAAGUAUCAGUCUCAAUGGAAGGAUGAAGUAGCCCGAGAACAGCUGCGUUCAUUGCCAAGGACUAGUGUUUCGUAUCAGGUCAAGACAAGUGUGCCGCCAUCUUUCACGACUUUGGGUAGCUCAUGCUCAUUUAGCGAUUUUGGAGCUUCAUCAACACCGAUUGUUACUGGGACCAAUGCGUCUCGACUAUCGGCUCACUCCCAUGUCUCCUCCAAUUCUUCAGGGAAUUCUACCUCGCCUAAAGUCAAUGACUUAGACCAUGGAGAACUGUAACUCAGGGCCGGCUAAUAGAGUGGCUGUCAUCAAUCUUAAGUUGCAAGAUUAUACCAAAUCUCCUUUAGAUGAAAUCGAGGUAAAGUUUCAACUGACUAGGGACACUCUUGAAGCGAUGCUGAGAUCAUUGACUUACAUCAAGGAACAACUCUCAAGCAUGGUUGGGACUAUUUCUGGGCCAUCACAAAAGAAACAAAAGCAAUCGGAUCAUUUGCAGGAGCAAGGGGAUUGACAUGAAGCUGGAGGACGACGACCCUAACUCCAAGGAGCUGGAGGAAGUAUGGUCAAAAAAAAAAAAAAACAGUGAAGAAACUUUUUUCUAAAAUAGAGGUAAGCCACUAAAAUUUGUUGACAGGUCGGUGUUGAGAUCGAGCCUCGUGGGAUACAGCAAGUUGAUGUGUACAGGUCGGCCUAGUGGAAAGCAUGUGAAAGCCCACCUAAAGAAAGAAAAUUUUAAAUUUAAAAAAAAAGAAAAAAAAAAAAAAAGGGAAAUCACUCAGCAAAAAUCACUCAGCAAGGGCAUAAGCGAUAAGAUCUCUGCUCCCUGACCUCCCCUAUUAUUUCCUAUUAUAUUUAUCUGCUUUUCUUUUA